AUGGAUGAAAGACGAUAUAGGUGUGCUCUGUGUAACAAGAAGGUCCCUCCUGAAGAACGACGUCCAGCUAGUUUGUUUAUUUCUGUUUUACAGAAACAUUUUUCUGUAAAUGUGGAAGACACAGAUGUGUUGUGCAAUAAAUGUCGACAUAAGUGUAGGAAAGUGAAGGAGUCUACAACAAGAGACCUGGAAUUGUCCAGGCCAGCUCCCCAUGAGGAAAAAGAGGACCCAACAUUUGCAUCACCAAAACAGAAGCAUACAAAGCGCUCAUUUCCUAGUCCUCCAUCUGUACCCUUGCCUAUUCCAUCAUCAUCUCAAAGCCAUGGUUAUUGCUUUGUUUGUAAAAAACCGGGACCCAAACUUGUAACUGUUUCCCAUCAUGUUCGUAUGUUUGUAUUCAUCAAACAAGAAAUCAUCAUUCCAUCUGGUGCAAGGUGCUGUAUUCGACACUUGGAAAAUGGAAAAAUGAGCGAUGGAGCUAUGCAGCAAAUCAGGACCAGUGAGAUCACAACUUUGAACAAAACAUCCAUCACAAGUCUCAUAAAGGAAUUGCGUGAUAAAGCAUUUCAGCAAUCGAGGCUUGACUUCGAUGAUGAAGGCAGCCUAGACGAUAAUGAUUAUCAAGUGCUGACAGGAUUUUCUCGUCUUGAAUUUCAUGACAUUGUCUCAACAAUUACCAGUAUUAACUCUUCUAGAAAUCGGAGCAAGAGGACGUGUAUAGUCAUUCUAUUGAUGAAACUUAGAUCAGCGCUCUCAAACAAAAUGCCUGCUGUUUUAUUUGGAAUGACUAAAUUUCAAGUUCGACGAGCUAUUGUGUCUGCCAGAACAGGGCUUAUGAGAGACUUUGUUCCAUAUAAUCUUGGAUUUCGGCACAUUACACGGGACGAAGUCAUUCAAUACCACACCCGUGAUCUGGCAAGAAAUCUAUUGACAGAUGAUAUAACAUCAAACCCUGCAAUCUUAGUAUUGGAUGGAACAUACGUCUAUAUACAGAGAAGUUCCAAUUUUGCUUUUGCCCGGCGAUCAUACAGUUUGUAUAAACACAGACCCCUUGUGAAACCUAUGAUGGUGGUGACUACAAGUGGAUAUAUAGUAUCGGUUCUUGGGCCUUAUCUUGCUGAUGCAAAGAAUAAUGAUGCUAACAUAUUGAAGCAUAUGAUUUACAACAAUGCAGAAGAACUCAGGAACUGGCUACAAGAAGACGAUGUCUUUGUUGUUGAUCGUGGUUUCAAGGAUGCCCAGGAUUUAUUGGAAGACAUUGGAAUCAGGAUGGAGAUGCCUGCAUUUAUGAAAAAAGGAACUAAGCAGCUGUCCACGUUUGAUUCUAACUUGUCCAGAGUUGUGACAAAGGUUCGAUGGAUUGUUGAAGCAACAAAUGGGCGACUGAAACAGUGGCAGUAUUUAGCUAAAACGUUACCCAACUCGCAAAUUCCAUUUAUUGGUGACUAUGUGAGAAUAGUAGCAGCUCUUUGCAAUAAGUAUAGGCCACCACUUAGUGUUUCAUUAGAGGAAGAUCAACAACUUGCCUCGAAAAUGCUCCACCUUUCACAGAGAGUUAAUACUCUACAGGAACGUGUGGAAAUUGAGGGACUUGACAGAAGAGGAUUGCGUUGGACAAAAGUUGACGCAGAGAAUGUUGCCAAAGAUUUCCCAUGCUAUGAAGAAACUGAAUUGCGCCAACUUACUCUUGGGAUAUAUCAGCUUCGCAUGGCCCAUUCCUAUGCUAAAGAACACAUUGAUGAAGAGGGGGGUUUUGAAAUCUUCAUUAGUGAUGAAAUUCCUGGGUUGGUGAGUGCUAAGAUUCAAAGCAGACAUAUAGCUGCCAAACAGUACAGAUGCUGGGUCAGUUUCAAUGAUGGAGUGGUGGAUGGAUGGUACUGCAAAUGUAAAGCUGGUACCAGAGUUGUUGGAAUGUGCGGUCAUGUAACCAGUGUAAUAUGGUACCUCUCUUUUGGGCGAUAUCAGGAGUCACUGAAGGGAGUUCGAAACUGGACUACAUCACUGGAGGACGCCUCGGACAUCCAGGACAUUAUAGACGGAUCUGAUAGUGAUGAAGAUGACAGUGGUGUGGAAGAGUGAGAGAGAGAGAGAGAGGGAGGAAGCAUGAGAGAUAGAAAGAGAAGUGGUGUGAAACAAUAGUACGUGUGUCUGUGUGUGUGAGGAGAGGGUGGUAUGAGUAGAACAGAAAACAUUUCUGGAACUUUUAUAUAUGUCUACAUUUUCCUUCUCGGAUAGUAACAUAUUUUUUGCUUCUUUCUGUUGUUUCUCUGUUGAUAAAAACCUUCAUCAAGUUACAUUGUUAUUUUUUUAGUAUCUCAUCUAUGAACAAAUUACUGA